AUGGCAAAGAAGGGUAAGGCAAAGGUAGAAACACCUCCUCCACCGGAUCCUAAGGACAAAAAAGCGAAAAGUAAAUCAAAAAAUGCUACUGAGGAACCUAAACCUGAUGAUCCAAAGAAGCCCCAAAGAGGUUUAGCCAUCGGAGACAAUUUUGGAUGGACUGGUAAAUUGCCUGCAACCUUAUUAUUUGAAUAUGCUCAGAAACAGAAGUGGGAAAAGGUUGUAAUAGAUAUGAGAAAAAACGCCAAAGGAUUUACCGGUGUCGUCAAUUUGAAGUGGAAGAAUCCUAAGACUCAAGAGAUGAUAACGGUGCAAAUGGUACCGCACUCAGAUACGUACCAACCCAGAGAGACUACCAACGAGGCAAGACAUUUUGCAGCUACCUACGCUCUUUUCAGAAUCAACUUCGUUAAAAAUAUGAAGAUGGUGUUACCUGUAAUUUUUAGAGAUUACUGGUCAGAUCUUGAAGCAAGUAGAUUGGAGAUGUUGAAGUCCAACAAGUCGUUUCAUGAUAUUUUGUAUAACUCACAACCAUUUGUAGUGUUCUUGGAACAAAGAGAGCUCACUGAAAAGAGAGAGAAGGAAAAGCUAACUAAAAAGCAAAAUGAAGAAAAGGUUAAAAAGCCGACUGUUCAAAUAUCGACAAUUGGAACUUCUUCUAGCAGUAUUAUAUCUAAAAUCCCAAACGAACCUAGUAAGCCUGUAACGUCAGCAGCACAGAAGAGUGACAACGUUUCAGAUGCACCAGUCAAGGUUAGUCCCAAACCGCCAAGUUCAAUUUCUGUUUCAAAGGUCACAAAGAUGACCAAUCAACUUGCUGGUGCUGUCACUAAAAGGAUCCCCACCUUCCCAAGAAAGGUUUGGGAAAAUGCCCCAUUCAUAGAUUUCACUUCAGAAAUGAGAGCCAAUAUUGAAGAUUCAAUUAAAAAGCAUAUAAAUUGGACAAUUCAAAGUUCCGGAAAAGCCAUAAUUAAUUCUACUGCUAUGCAUGGAUAUUAUAAUACUCUUGCUGAUUUUGGAUUCAGAGAGUCACAUAUAUUGGAAUCAUUCAAGUACACCAACUCGUUCACAGAUGCACUUGAGUGGCUCAUUUUUCAUAUCCCUGAGGACGAUCUUCCGCCUUAUUUCAUGAAAUCAGAGAAAGAAUCUGGAGUGUCAUUGAAAAUUUCGAAGGAUAUUCAAAUGGAAUAUUUAAUUAAAAGAGUAAGCCAAUCCGGUGCAGAUAAGGAUGUUGUAUUGACCACCUUGCAGGAGAAUGAAUUUGAUGAGAUCAAGACAAUCGUAAAAUUGACACAUAAAUUGAUUAACUAUGAACCAGAAGGACCUUUCGAAGGAGAGAACGAAGAAACUAUGGAGGAGGAUUCACUUGAAUUAUGGAAACAAGAGAUUGAAGCCAUUGACAUGACAACAAAGUCAAAUAACAUUGAAUUUGUAGAUGGAAGUAAUAGCAAAAUUGCUCACAUUCUUCUUAAACCUAAAAGAAUAGGUGCUGGGCUAUUAAGCUUGAGAUUAGUUAAGCCUGUGAAUUAUCCGCAAAAUAUACCCGGUAUCCAAUUGAUCGUUAACAAUACUUCAUUCAGAUUAGCAAGUUAUAUUAAAUUAUCAAUCGUUCGCCAAUUGGUGCAUUUUCUUGAGAAUGGCGGAUACGUUGGGAGCUGCUACAUCCUUUCGAUAAUUGAAUGGUUGGAAGAUAAUAUUUCUGAAAUCAUUGAUAAUCCUGGUCCUUUAUUUGACGAAGAAUUGUUAGGAGACAAAAAUUUGCACAAUUCUACGAAUACUACCAAAAAUCUGUCCAAAAAGAAGGACAAGAAUUAUCAAAAAAAGACACUCAAGUUAACACUGGAGGAUAUUGAAAACCUCUCUUCCGUAUACAAGAAAAAAAUCCAAUCUGAAGAAAUGAUAAAGUCUCUAUCCAAUAGGAAAAAAUUACCAGCAUGGCAAAAAGCAAAGGAUUUAGUGUCGGUAAUCAAUGGAAAUAGAGUUACUAUCGUUACAGGAGAAACUGGGUCAGGUAAAUCUACUCAAAUUGUCCAGUUUAUACUAGAUGACUUAAACUCUAAGGGAAAUUUCAGUGCAAAAAUCAUGUGCACACAACCUAGACGUAUUUCUACUAUUGGAUUAGCGGAAAGAAUUUCAGAUGAAAGAUGUGAUACCUUAGGAAGAGAAACUGGUUACAUUAUAAGAGGUGAAAAUAAAACAACAUCCAGUACAAGAAUAUCUUUCGUCACGACAGGUGUUCUUUUAAGAGUGAUUCAAUCUAUCUUAUCAAAUGAAGACGAAAUGAAUGACAGUAUGUUUGAAAAUUUGGAAUAUAUAUUUAUCGAUGAAGUACAUGAAAGAUCGGUUGAUAGUGAUUUCUUGUUAAUAAUUUUGCGAAGUAUUAUGUCGAAGUUCCCCAAACUUAAAAUCAUCCUCAUGUCUGCAACCAUUAACAUCAAUACUUUCAAAGAUUUCUUCAAGACUCCUUUAAAUCAUAUUCACAUUGAGGGAAGAACAUUCCCAAUUAAGGAUUAUUAUCUAGAUGAAAUUUUGGAUGAAUUAGACUACAGUAUGGAAAACAAUGAUGGUGAGUUAAUAAAGGUCAGAUCAGAUUCUCACUUCUUUAAAAUUGGGACGUUGAACUAUGAUUUAUUUGCCAAACUAUGUCUUUAUGUUGAUGCCAAGCUAGACGAGGAGGGAAAUGACGGUUCUAUUUUGAUAUUUUUGCCAGGGAUCAUGGAGAUUAAUAAGUGCAUAAGGUCAAUUGAAGAUGAGUUUAGAAAGAAUAGUAGCAAGAAAGACUGUUGGUGCUUACCUUUACACUCUACGUUGACUUCGAAUGAACAAAAGAGGGUAUUUUUGAAGUCACCAAAUAAACAAACCAGAAAAAUCGUUGUUUCCACCAAUGUCGCAGAGACUUCUAUUACUAUUCCAGACUGUGUUGUCGUUAUAGAUUCAGGAAGAUCUAAAAUGAUGCAUUUUGAUUCUGAGAUUAAUUCUACCAAAUUAAUAGAAAACUGGUGCUCCAAAGCCGAAAUUGGUCAGAGAAGGGGUAGAUCUGGUCGUAUUACGAAUGGUAAUUGCUAUCAUUUGUAUACACAAGGAACAGUCAAUAGUAUGCUAGAUCAACCAAUUCCCGAAAUUAAAAGGACUAGAUUAGAAAAUUUGUACUUAGUUGUUAAGUCCAUGGGUAUUGAUAAAGUUGAGAAUUUCUUAAAUAGUGGAUUAGAUCCACCUUCUCAAGCGUCUUUAUUAAAAUCUAGACAAUUUUUGAUUGAUAUCGGUGCACUUGAAGAAGGGGGAAGUGAUGAUACCUCGAUAUCUCACUUAGGUAAGUAUUUAUCCCUUUUACCGACAGAUUUACAGUGUGGAAAGUUAUUGAUAUUAGGCUGUAUAUUUGGAUGUUUGGAAACAUGUUUGACAAUAGCUUCUAUAAGUAUAACUGGAAGUCCCUUUAAAGCAAGUUUUGAAGAAAGAGACAACCUCAAGAAGGUCCAAAAUAAAUUUUCCAUUGAUCAAGGUGACAUUAUUGCAAUGGUUAGGGCGUACGAUGAAUAUAUUGCAUUGAAAGAGGCAAGGAGUGGAGCUGGAUCAUCGAAGAAGUUCUUAAAUGAGAACUACCUAUCAUUUAUGACUAUGAAGGAGAUCACUGCUACUCGUGGUCAAUAUAUUAAUAUUUUACAAGACAUAGGAUUCGUUCCGUUGAAAUACAACAAAACUCGUGACUCUACUUUGAAUAAGAACAACGACAAAGAUUUCAUUAUAAGAUCAAUCAUGACAGGUGCAUUCUAUCCUCAAUUAGCAAGGGUUCAAUUACCAGAUCGUAAGUUCCUCCAAACAUCGGCUGGUGCAGUUGCAGUGGAUCCAGAUGCGAGGAAGACGAAGUUUUGGAUUAGAAAUGAAGUCUACAUGAACAGUUCUGGAUCUACUAAGGACAACAGUAACGAAGAAGAUAAAGAAGAUGAAUUAUUACCUUCGUCAAGAGCAUUUAUUCAUCCAUCAUCAGUAUUAUUUUCAGUUCCAGAGUCUGAAAUUUUAAAUUCAAUUAAUUCCGAAGAGUACACAAAUGAAGAUGGAAGUAUUGAUUUCGCUAAGGCUCAACAGAACUAUAAAAUUGAUUUCACGCCUACUGUCUCUAAUAGUAAAUCUUCAAACAGCAUGAUAAGGGCACCUUUCAUGGUAUACAAUUCCUCCAGUCAUACUUCGAAGUUGUAUUUGAGGGACGUAACCCCAACAAGUACCCUUGCAGUUUUAUUAUUUGGGGGACAAAUUGGAUUUGAUUUGAGCAAUAAGUUCUCCGAGAGGAAUACUUCACCGGGAAUCAUUCUCGACUGCGUUUGGCCCAUUCGAACUUGGUGUAAGAAUGGAGUUCUCAUCAAGAGACUUCGUCAUUUACUAGAUGAGGUUAUAGAAAAAAAGCUUUCACAACCCCAAUACUCGGAAGCAAGUACACAUCCAUCUAUAGAGGAUACGUUGAAAAUAGUUGAGAGAAUUUUAUACAUAUAG